AUGGCUUCCAACGAGAUAUCGUUUCUCAAUUAUCCUCAGCCUCGUGAGGGUCCUUUAGUACCCUAUAAGAAUGAAACUCAAUCCAUUCCUGUCUUCAGAGGCAUACCUUUGGCCAUCGGUGCGACCUUCCAUUUCUGGCGCGGUGCUGGCUUCCAUGUCAUCCGCGAGAUCCCCCACCUCCAUCAGUACUCCGGCCGCUACGAUCCGACCGUGAUCCCCGUUGAUAAUAUCCAUAAUAACACCCACACCCCUCCGAUUGCGAAACGCAAGGGACCCAGUAGCUAUUAUACCUCUGCCGACUAUCAGGCGUUAUAUGUAUCGGGUGAACUGACCCCGGUCGCGGUCGUCGAGGCUUUGCUCCCCCUGGUGCGCCGUGAUGUUCAACCUGUGGGGAAACACUCGACUGCCUUCCUUGAGUCUCAGGUCGAGAUCAUUCGAGCAGCUGCAGAAGCAUCUACCGAGAGAUACAAGCAGGGUCAGCCACUUGGUCCUCUUGAUGGCAUCCCCGUCGCAAUCAAGGACGAAGUCCAUAUCGCAGGCUACAAACGGACCUUGGGAAGUAAAUUAGACUUUAAGGCUGGCUGCGAUGCCACCUCUUGGUGUGUACAGCAAUGGCAAAACGCUGGAGCUAUUGUAAUUGGGAAGACCACCAUGCACGAACUUGGCCUCGACACCACCAAUAACAACCCCAAUUUCGGCACGCCUCGGAACCCUCAUAACAAAACGUACUACUGCGGUGGCUCUUCUGGCGGAUCUGGGUAUGCGGUUGGCACAGGAUUGGUGCCAAUUGCCCUGGGUGCAGACGGCGGCGGUUCAAUCCGCAUACCUUCAUCAUUCUGUGGCAUCUGGGGGCUAAAGACAACACACGGUCGUGUAUCUGGAGCACCAUCCCAAAGUCUUGCCCCGACUGUAGGUGUCCUCGGACCUAUGGCCUCAAGCAUCGAUGACCUUGCCCUCGCAUACCGGAUCAUGGCCACGCCCGCCCCCGCCUCGCAAGAUCCAAUCUCCUCUCAAUUCCCAACGCCCAUGCCCGCCCCAUCAGACCGUCAACGCACCAAGACAAUCGGUAUAAUGCGCGAAUGGAUCGACCGCGCCGAAGAACCAGUUCGUGCGGUCUUCGACACCGCGUUGGACCACUACCGCCAAAACGGCUACAAUGUCAUCGACAUCACAAUACCUUAUAUCCCCGAAGGCCAGCGCGCUCAUGUUCUGACUAUCAUGGCGGAAAUCGCAUCCGGCGUGGACGCUCGCCAGAUCCGCCAUCUGACGGCUCCAAAUAAGGUUCUCGUCUCCUUGGGAAUGUACCAGAUCACCGCGCAGGAACUCCUUGUGGCCCAGCGUCUACGCAACCUACUGAUGACCCACCUCUCCCACCUCUUCCAAAAACACCCUGGUCUCAUGAUUCUCACCCCCACUACUCCUCUCCCUGGUUGGCAUAUUGAUGGCGGUGAGGCAGAUCUCUCUCGCGGAGUGUCGGAUGGCAAGGCAUCUGUGAGGAAUAUGGAGUAUGUCUGGCUGGCUAAUUUCACUGGUUGUCCUUCUAUAAGCUGUCCUGCUGGUUAUGAUCAGGACAGUGGCGUGCCUAUUGGUUUGAUGGCUAUGGGAGAAUGGGGUAGCGAGGAGGAUCUAUUUGAUUUUGCUAGAGAUGGGGAGGCUAUUCUGGAUUUGCCUGCUUCUCAGCCUCCACGUGCUAGUGAAGAUGUUUCUGUUGCGUCCGGUCUUCGGAUUCCCUCCACCAGCGAAUGUAUCUGGGAAGAUGUCAUUGCCAGGGCGACAGAGGGGCAAUCGGCUUGA